GUCACUGAGGUAAUCCUGCUGCUGGGAGGCUGAAAGGUAUCCCUACACUUAUUACUGAAACGCAGCCCACCGCUUCCAGGAGUCAUGGACCCGACGGAGGGAGUGAACAGUGUGUUGACGGCGCUGCUCUCCGGUGCAGCUCGGACUGACAUGCUGCUCUGCUGUUCACAUGGUUUGGGGAGGAAACCCGCCCUGUGGCUCCUCGCGCCGAUUCCACCCGGACUAAGCUAAGCUAACGUGGCUAACAGGGAAGGAGAGCUCGUUAGUUCUGUCGUCAGCGACCCAGUCCACGACCCCGCGGGACAGGCAGUGUGAGCAUUAGAGUCUCGCGUGCAUGUCAUUUUUACCUCGCGGCAGGCGGUUCUGCGAAGAUGCCCCGCGAGACAUGAGAGCCAGGAAGCCCACGCGGACCCUAAUGCUCGUGCUGUGUCCCACCCUGGUCCUGUGCUUCUUGUACUACUCCGCGGCGAGACUACAGCUGCGCAUAUGGGGAUUCAAAGCACAUAUUGACGUGGAUAGCAGCCUAUACGCGGGACAUGUGUUAUCCACAGUCUAUGACAAGCAGGGGUUUCUCCGCAAGCUCGAUGGAAAACUGCCCUUGGAGCUCCAGUAUAAGUACGGUAACCUGAGUAAAGGAGAGUGUAGACCAGGAUUCUCUGAGGCUAAGAUGACUUCAAUCUAUCCAAAGUUCUCAAAACCAGCCCCCAUGUUCCUUGAUCUGAAUUUUAAACGGCUGUCAAAGAUAAACACUUACCCUCCUCCCUUUGGGAUAAAAACCCAAGAAAAGAUCAUCAAGCUGAUUUUAGCUCAUACAAAGAACUAUGGCUUGGGCAGUGAGCUGGACAGCUUGAAUUGUAAAAGGUGCAUCAUCAUUGGAAAUGGAGGUAUACUCUCAAACAAGUCACUGGGAUCCAAGAUCGAUGAGUACGACGUGGUCAUACGACUGAACAAAGCUCCAAUCAGUGGCUUCGAGAGGGACGUGGGCUCCAAGACCACCAUGCGCAUCACCUAUCCAGAGGGAGCCAUCCAGUAUCCUGAACGCUAUGAGAACCAUUCCCUGUUCGUCUUCUCUGCCUUCAAACCGCUGGACUUCAAAUGGCUCCGUCAGAUGGUCUUCAAGGAGCGACUGCAUCACACAGAGGGGUUCUGGAAGUCGGUAGCACUUGUGGUUCCCAGGGAUCCAGAGGACAUGCGUAUCCUGAAUCCGUACUUCAUCCAGGAGGCAGCUUUCUGGUUUAUCGGUCUCCCUCACAACAAUGGCCUCAUGGGACAUGGGAACAUUCCCACUCUGGGCACGGUCGCGAUCGCGAUGGCCCUUCACAACUGUGAUGAGGUGGCGGUUGCUGGGUUUGGUUAUGAUAUGAACACCCCCAGAGCCCCCCUGCACUACUACGAGUCCGUACGCAUGGCCACCAUUAAAGAGUCAUGGACACACAAUAUAUUGAAAGAGAAGGAGUUCCUGCGAAAGCUGGUGAUAGCCGGGGUCAUUCAGGACCUGACCAAAGGGAUCUGAAUUCAUCGCACGUGCGCAGACGUCCGAUAUCUACCACGUUCUCCAAGCGCGCUGCGACUGCUUUUGACUUUUUCCUGAUUCGCAUAUUUGCUUCAUCGCACACGUGCUGUAAACACUCCGAGGGCACCCGUGACCUUGCUUCAUGCUUCACGGGGACCCUCUGGCCUGUGAUGGGCAUGUUGGGACCGGAAUGGCCCCUGGGAGCCCUUGGCCAUAGCAUGGACAUAGGAGCAGGUGCCAAAGCCGCUGCAGGGUUGCAGGACGUGCCAUCCUGCUCCUGGGCUCAUCUUGUCUUUUGCGGUCCGACCAGACAUGGGUGUUUGUAGAGGACCUGUCCACAACCCGCGCAUGGACGCGAGGCCUCGCUGGUAGCGUUGCUCAGACACACUGUUUGAGCACGUGAUUUUAAACUCCCAGAUUCUCUGCAACUCUGUUUUAAUCAUAAGGGUUACUACUGUUAUUAUUUUCAGAUCCAAGCACUAGCUUUUAGUUUUUGUUUUUGUUGUGGUGUUUUGUUUAUAAUUUUUAUGUUUAAGGUAUUUAUUUUUGAAUCAGCUCACUGGAUCAGGGUUCUCAGAUCACCUUGAGUGCUGUAGUUUGAGUUGAAGUGGACUGGAGACACUUUACAUCUUCACCUCAACCUUAGGCUGCUGGCCCUCACCAGACUGGAUUCUUCAGUGAUAUGGCACAGACCUGCUCAGCAAGCUUCUCUCCACCCUACCGGGCAGGACUGGGGUUCUGUUACACAUCCUCUACGUGGUACAGGGGCAAAACCUCCAGCCUCCUGCACUGUCAGCCAAAUUUAGCAAUCAAGUGUUUCUCUCACUCUGCUGUAUAUUUCUACUGCAUAUCAGCGUGUUUAAGUAUUUAAUGGAAUGAAAGUGAAUCAAUGCAAUUAAAGUAUUCAGGAUUUGUUAGCUGCCCGUCCGAGGUGUUCUGUUGGGUGCCUUCUGCCUAAAUGCAUCUGGCUAAAAUAUUACACUGUAUAAGAGAGCUAUGUAGAAAUGUACGUAAAGAUGUAUGUUGAGGUGUAGAAAUGCAAAUGAGAUGGUCACUUGGGUCUCUGGACCUGGUUACAGAUAAAUUCUCUGAGAUACCAAAGAUAUAUAGUCUGAGGUUGAAACUUGAAGCCCCUGUUGUUUUGCAUGUUAACGGAUGUGAGUUAGCAGGAAGUGUUGAUUUUAAAGUGUUGACCCUAAAGCAGGGCUGCAGUGUUUAUCAGGGGCGUUUGGCCAUAUGUCACAGAUGUGCAAAGUCUGAUGCGUUGUGUGAUACACGAUUAUGUCAUCCAUCGUGCAAAUGUUCUGGUGAAUGUUUUGUGUGUUCUGAUGAAUCACAGAUAUUAAAAAAACCUGAGUAGUCCAACA